AUGUCUAACAUAAACGACGGAGGUCUCCCUAGCCACGACCUCCUACUCACUCUCCGCCAUCCACAAUUGCUAGACCCAGCUAACAACACGUUCUCAUCAUCCUAUAUCCAAAAGCCUUUGAUGCGUGGUGCAGACAUCCGGCUACAUGCUGCCAAGAGUUAUGGGGGCGAUAUCGGUAAUCCGGAUGUAUGCAAGGCCUUGUCAUUCAGCCAGAACGCAAUGGGCACUGUCCCCGGUCCCUUUUCUUGUUGGCUUGCGCACCGCGGCGGGAAAACCAUGCAUCUGCGGGCUCUUGCUGCGGCUCGCAAUGCCCGUAUCCAGGCCGAAACCCUCAACAGUCUGCUAGUUAUCCAG